AUGCCCUUGGAGGGGAUUUUCAUUGAACCUACUUCAACUUCUACACCUGAUCUUUCCCUUCACAUAAGUCCACCCAGCACUUCAUCUUCUUCUUCUUUGAUUUGCAACAACGGCACAUCUGGUGGUGGUGCCACCAAUUAUGAGGCUCGCAAUUCAACCAGCACAAAUUUCCCUUCUCAAGCUCACACUGAGCUUUCUUUGGGAAGGAAUUUCAGUGGUGGAGGAAGAGGGGGUAUUGAAGAACCACCACCACACAACACCAACACCAACAACAACAACACCAACACCAACACCGGCAUCAACCCUUAUUAUCAGACCCAACAGCCUCAUUUUCAUCAUCUUCACCACCAUUCUAACACCGGGAAUGCUUCAAAAGCAGCAACGGCGACAAGCACCACAAGUUCCUCCAAUCACUUGAGUCACAUAAAUUAUGGGGUUUCUUUGCUUGAUGUGUCAUCAGAAGGAUUGAGGCCAAUCAAGGGGAUUCCGGUGUAUCACAACCGUUCAUUCCCUUUCUUGCCCAUGGAACAUUCAGGAGACAAGGAUCAUCACGCCAAAAUGUGUUUAUAUCAUCACAUGCCUACAUAUCCCUCUUUGUCCUCUUCUUGUUCUCCUCUGUGUUCUUCUCCUUCUUUUACUUCUUCUCCUGCACCCUACUUUCCCGCGCCAGGUACACCGGAUCCCAUGUCCUAUUUGAGCUCAGGUGGGACCACCGUGGCGGCGGCCGCGGCUUAUAGGGCUGCCACGGCCACGAGGUUUAAUGGAAUUUCUGGGGAGGCCUUCAAAUCUCAUCAUCCAUUGCACCACCAUCACUCAUCAUCACACUACGGGGUUGGACUUGGAGGCUCUCACGAGGCCUCUUCGGGGUUGAUGAGAUCAAGGUUUUUGCCCAAGUUACCGACGAAGAGAAGCAUGAGAGCACCGAGAAUGCGGUGGACAAGCACACUACACGCUCGAUUCGUCCAUGCUGUGGAGCUUCUUGGUGGCCAUGAAAGAGCUACACCAAAGUCAGUUCUAGAGCUCAUGGAUGUGAAGGAUCUCACAUUAGCUCAUGUCAAAAGCCAUUUGCAGAUGUAUAGAACUGUGAAGACCACUGACAAGCCUGCAGCUUCUUCAGGCCUUUCAGAUGGAUCAGGAGAAGAUGACAUGUCUCCAAUGGGAAGCAGCGGUGGUAUGCGUCAAUUUUCAGACCAAAGAAGCCUUUCGGAUCGACCGGUGCAACAAGAUAUGGAUUACUCUUCGGCCAAUACUCUAUGGAGUAACUCUUCAAGCAAUAGAGAAUCAUGGCCACAAAACAGUUCUAACGACAUAAAUGGUUUCCGACCACCAAUCUUCCAGUCACAACAAAUAUCCGGAGGACAUCAAAUUCAGGAUUGUGAUUCAAGCCAACUGAAGAACAACUUGUCAGGAUCAGGAAAUUUAGAAUGCAAGAACCCAAGCUUGGAGUUCACAUUAGGGAGACCAGAUUGGAAUGGCAAAGGACAAGCCUAAUUUUCAUUGGUUUAAUUCUCUUAUUGUAGCUAGCUAGUUUGAAUCUUUAGUUUAAUUACGACCCUUGUUAACACUGAUAACAUCAUCAUCUUUCCUCAAAUGUAGAGAGGUGGUACUAUAUAAUAUAUAUUCAAGCAGAAGAAGAAAAAGCCCUAUAUAGAAGUUUCCUGGGUUCAUGAACAAUUUUGGUUUAACCUUUUCUUGUAUUUAUAUUUUAUUUAUUGGUGAGGAGGAGACACACCAAAACUUAUGUAGCUGCAAAUGCAGAACAACAGUGAAGAAACAUAGAGAGGAAGGGGAAGAAAUACAAAACUCAUCGUAUUC